AUGACCGAGACGAGCGCUGAGGCGCCGGAGGGUGUACACCACUAUGCGGUAGCGGAAGAAGUACCCUUUCACAUCUCGAAAUACUGGCACCAGCGACACAAGAUCUGGUCAAAGUUCGAUGAAGGCGUGUGGAUGACGGAUGACGCCUGGUUCGGUGUAACCCCAGAGCCGGUCGCAAACAAAGUCGCAGAACACGUCGCGACCGCGCCAGAGUCAAGGACACAGCUCAUUGACGCAUUCGCUGGAGCCGGCGGCAACACUAUCGCCUUCGCUCUCUCUGGUCGGUGGGAACGGAUCUUUGCCGUGGAGAAGGAUCCGAAAGUGCUGGCCUGCGCGAAGCACAAUGCAGAGGUCUACGGCGUGGCGAACAAGAUCUGGUGGAUUGAGGGCGACGUCUUCGAGAUGAUGAAGAGCCGCUUGAAGUUUCAGGGCAAGGACACGGUCGUGUUUGGGAGUCCUCCGUGGGGCGGUCCGACAUACACAGACUUCGAAGUCUUCGAUCUGGGCAUGAUGGAGCCGUAUCCGCUGGAAAAGAUGUUCACCACAUUCACCGCGAAGAAUAGGUCGGCAGUGCUGUACCUCCCGCGGACGUCGGAUCUGAGACAACUGGCGAAGCGCGCGAAGGGCGACGAGAAGCUAAAGGUCACGCACUAUUGCAUGAAUGGGGCGAGUAAAGCGUUGUGUGUUUACUUUGGCGACUUCACGUUUGUGGGAGGACCACAGCGCGAGAGAGGUUGA